UGCCCGACACCGGGGUGCGAUGGUUCGGGGCAUAACACUGGCAACUACGCAUCACACAGAAGGUAAAAUAAACACAUACACACACUUCUCGUUAUUCACACUGGCAGUAGACUGCACACACACCUCUCAGGCUGGGUCAGAGUAAGUUCUCUGUAUUAAUAAUAUUUGCAAUUGAUGUGGUUGUCUUUCCUCUGCAGUCUAUCAGGGUGUCCGCGGGCCAGGAAGAGUGGGAUCAAGAUAACACACAGUAAAGAGGACAAGGAGGACCAGGAGCCCAUCAGGUAGAGUUAGCCUGCCACACCCCUCUCAAAGACUCAGGGAACUACAGCUCUCACCCAAUUUCUAGAUGCCCUUAACCAACUCUCACUGUUCUUAAUACAAAAGAAUAGGGGUAUUUUUAGAUUGAAACUGAGACAGGCAACCCCCAGUCUGCCAUGGUUCGAAAAUGAGGAUUGUCCUACAUAGGGAUCUUCUGUUGUGGCAUCACAAAAAGAUACAGAGACAGUUAGCUGGAGAGAGAGACAGAUUGAUCUGGAUUCUCUCUAAUGGGCUUUUCUGGCUGCACUCCCAUCGAUUUCUCAGUGGUGCUGAGAGAAAACCAACACUCUGGCCUGUCUGUCUGUCUGUCUGUCAAUCUGUCUCACACGGUCAGCCAAGCCAAGAGAGGCAGGGUCGCUUUCCCACACAUCUAUCUAUAAGCCAUGAUUGCAUGGAACUCCCUUCCAUCUCAUAUAGUGCAAGUGAACAGCAAACCUGGUUUCAAAAAAACAAAUAAAGCAACACCUCACCGCACAAUGCCUCUCCCUCAUGUGACCUACUUGUUGGGUGUAUGUACUGACAUGUAUUUUGUCUGUAAUGUAUUUUUCGUUAUGUGUCUGACCCCAGUAAAACUAGCUGUCGCCACUGGCGUCGGCUAAUGGGGAUCCUAAUAAAAUCAACAACAAAAAACCAGCUCCAAAUAAGCAUUGGCUGGUGGAGAAAAGUUAUAGGACUUAGAGUCAACCUUUUUUCUUUGUGAAAGCAUUUGGAACUGUGUGUGGGGGUUUGGAUCAUUUUCCCCCCCAGGGAGGGGGAAAGAGAUUGUGACUGUUUCUGGAAAUAUAAUAAUCCUGAUUGAUAGUUUAAUAAAACCAAGGGGAGUUGUAACAAUAAUCCACUGGGGAAAUAUGAUGUGAUGAAACAUUUGCAGAUUCACUGCAUCUUAUUAGCCAUAGUGCCGACUGCUGACUUAACAUUGACUGACUGUAAUCUGUGUCAGUGUGAUAAACUGCCAAAGGGACAGAUUAGACCGGAUCAAACCAGAUUUAAGGUGUUUUUAUUUAUAUUUAAGUCGGAGUGAUUACAGAUACUGUAUUGUCUCCCAUUCUGCACACUGGUACUCAAAACACAAACAAAGCCAUACUGCAUUCAAUUCUGUAAUGAUAUUUCCUCAACUCAAGCACCCAUGAAGCUAUAUGUGGUCCAAUUUUACAUUACGAAGACCUUAUGUCAUAGCAAUAACUAUGUAAUUAAUUACACAAUUCUUCCUGACAAUGCAUCCUGAGCAGGAAAACUUCUGGGCCCUUGUCAGAAAAAACCUCCUGACCCUGGUUAUUAGAAUAACCAGAGCAUCCCUAUGCCAUCCACAGGUGUCCAGUCCCGGGCUGUGGCGGUCAGGGUCAUGUGACGGGGAAGUACGCGUCUCACCGCAGCGCGUCAGGCUGCCCCCUAGCGGCCAAGCGGCAGAAGGACGGUUACAUGAACGGCUCCCAGUUCACAUGGAAGGCUGGGAAGACAGACGGCAUGUCCUGUCCCACCCCGGGCUGUGACGGCUCGGGUCACGUCAGUGGGAGCUUCCUCACACAUCGGAGGUGGGUCUGGGUCCUGCAUCAAUACUUGAUCAUGCAUCCUCCCUUUCUCCCUUCCUUGAAGUAAUCACUGAUCUGACGGGAUCUGUGAAAGCUAGUGGAGCCAAUGAUUUCACCCAUCCAGCCAGGUUGUGUGUGUGUGUUUAAAUACAAUAUGAACUAUUUGUGUCUAAAAAUGUACUAUAUUCUCAUCUGUUCCCCCAGUUUGUCAGGCUGUCCGCGUGCCACCUCUGCCAUGAAGAAAGCCAGACUGUCUGGACUGUCUGAAAUGCUAACAAUAAAACAGCGCACCAGCAACGGUAAUGACUGUCACCGCUCACUCACACAAUGGAUCCAAUCAGGAGUGUGUAUGCGUAAUGAGCUACUGAGUGAAAUCCCAAUAUGACAUACAGAGCCAAUCAGGAGUGUGUAUGUGUAAUGAGUCGAAUCCCAAUCUGAGAUAAAGAGCCAAUCAGGAGUGGGUAUGCGUAAUGAGUCGAAUCCCAAUCUGACAUAAAGAGCCAAUCAGGAGUGGAUAUGCGUAAUGAGCCACUGAGUAGAAUCCCAAUCUGACAUAAAGAACCAAACAGGAGUGUGUAUGCGUAAUGAGCUACUGAGUGGAACCCCAAUCUGAAACAAAGGGGCCAGGAUUGCCAUACAGCCUCUGAGCUAGCAAACUAGCCAGUGACAAUUAGUGUAUAAGAGACCAUCCCUCUCUCAUUCACACACCACACUGACAGAUCAUUUGAAAUAUUUAGUUGGGCUUGGGGUGGGUGUGUAACGAGUGCUGAGGAUAUGAAGAGGCAGGACGCAGACAUCAACAAUAUAAAGGUUUACUUAACACUGAGCAAGAGAACAACAAAGAGCGAGUACACGACAAGACACUAACAAUCACACACAACACAACACUGAACAGUCCAGGGCUAUAUAGGGGUGGUGAUGAGCUGAUGAGGUGCAGGUGCGCUGGAGUUGAUUAGGGUGCGUUGGGUUUCCAUUCCGGUGUUGCCGAGGUGGUGCGCUCAGACCGGUGGCUCAGUAGACCGGCGAAUCAGAGCGCCGGAGGGGAGCAACGGGAGGAGACGUGACAGGGUGGCAGGUGUCUAAUAAUUGUUCACUGUUUUAUCUUUUUAAGGAAUCGAAAAUGAGGAAGAGAUUAAACAGCUGGAUGAAGAAAUCAAAGAUUUAAGUGAAUCUAAUUCACAAGUGGAAGCAGAUAUGAUCAAACUUAGAACACAGGUAAGUCAGUAGUACUUCGCCAUUUGUUUACUUGGAAGAUUAGACUCAUUUCAUGCUUACCUUUCAGUUUCUACCCAUUGUGGCACAUCAUUCUGCUAUUUUCAGAGCUCAUGGUAGUGUGUACCACAAUGAAGUGUGUAUUUCAUUGUUGUACAGCAUACACCUAAAUGAAUCUACCCUCCGCUAAAACGGUUACCAGAAAAGUCACUCCAGUUUGGAAAAAGCUGUCCAAUUGUCAUUCAUGAUCUACCAUCAGUGAGAGAAAUCCUAGCAUAUCUCACAUCUGGGAGAAUGCAGUGUAACAAAGUGGGGUAUUCCUAAUUAUAAAGCACUAUACCUCUGGGAUCGCCUGCUUGCCAAACAGAGAGAGCAUAGUCACUCACAGCCAAUAAAGUGAAACCCCCUGUCCCCACUAACAUCCUAAAGCUCCAGUAGAAAAGGAACAGGAGCAGCGGCUUUCACAGCUUGUAUGAAAGGGUUCCUUCCUAAAUAACUAUUUGUGUCUGUGAGCUGCAGAAGCUACACAUCAGUAUCAAGGAAGUAUCAAACAUUCCAGAAAGAGAGGAACUUCACAAUAUGUUCACCUACAGUUUGCCUUUUUGAGAUUGCAUGCCAGUUUUGGAGUGGCGCAGUGGUCUAAGGCACUGCAUCGCAGUGCUAGCUGUGCCACUAGAGAUCCUGGUUCGAAUCCAGGCUCUGUCGUAGCCGGCCGUGACCGGGAGACCCAUGGGGCGGCGCACAAUUGGCCCAGCGUCGUCCAGGGUAGGGGAGGGAAUGGCAGGCAGGGAUGUUGGUAGAGCAUGGCGUUUGCAACGCCAGGGUUGUGGGUUCGAUUCCCGCGGGGGGCCAGUAUGAAAUGAAAAAAUAAAUAAAAAUAAUAAUAUGUAUGCACUCACUAACUGUAAGUCGCUCUGGAUAAGAGCGUCUGCUAAAUGACUAAAAUGUAAAUGUAAGUUUGAUCUCAUUUUGAAAUACGGGCUGUUUUCCAACUUGUAGUACACUUUGGAACUGAAACUUACUGUUAUGUGCACAAUAGUGCAUUGGCGGCACAUAGCAUAUUUGUUUGAAAACACCCCACAGACUUUUAGUACAUUUGAGUGAGUGUCAGUGUGUUGAAUUGCAUCUGUCCAUGCUUCAUUGCUCUUCACCUGUGUUGCUCUGUUACAUCCAUCGCUACGUGUGAUUAUGUCAUAGAGAUGGCUGCACGCCAGCCAAUCAGCAGUGAGUUGUGGCAUAUCUGAGGUAUGCUGCUGCCCGUGGUAUGUGAACUGUGAACUGCACCCUGUGUGCUCCGCUGUAACAACCAGAGGUAAAAAAGCACUACCUUUACCAUAACCCUCUUCUUCUCUCAUCCCCCCUUCCCUAGAUUACCACAAUGGAGUCUAAUAUGAAGUCAAUAGAGGAAGAAAACAAGGUGAUUGAACAUCAAAAUGAAUCUCUCCUGCAUGAGCUGGCCAGCCUCAGCCAGACACUGAUUAACAGUUUAGCUAAUAUCCAGCUCCCUCAUAUGGUAAGGGAACACCAAGAAUGGCAAUUGGGCAAGUUCCUAUAAGCAAACAUACUGUAGCAUAUGAGUUGAUUCAUUUACAUACUCAUCUAUGUACAGUAUUUAUCUAUUCAUUUCUGUGAAGCCCAUAAGGAUCCAGUGUUUGUGCAUGCUGAGUUGAGCAGGGGAUUUCCAAGCCUAGAUCAAUGAAAAAUAAGAGUAUUCCUAAUUUUUGCCAAACUGAAAAGGGGGAAUUUUAUAUGAGGCUUGUGUUAUGAAUUAGGGGUCCAUUUUACACAGAGACUCACAAUGGUGACCAAAGAACAGUCUGCAGACACUGUUUUCUGAUAUUCAACAUAUAGACAGAUUGGACAAUCAGUUUCAAACAAAAGUGUUAACAGUGCUUGACUUGGGCAGGAGCUCACCAGAGCUGAGUACCGGCACCUAAAGAUUUUGCUGCUUGAGUAAAGUACUGCCAUCUACCUGUUAUCAGUGCAAUGAAAACUUAGUCUCCACCACUUUGACUCUCUGUCUGUAGCUAUAGGCUACUACGUUUGUAAAUUCAACAAACGUACUUGUUGAUCUAUCAUGGAUUUUCAUAGUACAGCACAUGCUAUAAUUGCAGGUCUGUAUUUACUGUAGUGCUAAAAGUAUUUAAGGCAUGUCAAAAACAGCUUUUCUCCAUAAGCAUCCAUUAGGUUUUUUCUUAUAAUCUUCAUAAAAUAAGGAAAAAAAUAUCACCAAAAACUAUGAAUGAUGCCCGUGUCAUUUACAAAUUAAAAUCUUGGCAUUUUCUUAUUCUUAAAACUGUAUCUCCUUUUCUAAAAAAGUGUAACUUUUGUGUGUGAACACAAUAAGAUAUAAUUCCAGAGGCUAUGAUCAUUCUGACUAUGUUGUGAGCUGGAUUCAGUUGCAGGCCCAAUUCGCUACCACAGAUGCAUUCUUCUUUUACUGUAUGUUUUGUUAUGUUUUGCCUCUAUUUCUUUCACAUAUCAAUUGUGUUAGAUGUUCUGUUGGUACUGUAUCUCAAAUGCUACCACCUAGUGAUUGUUUGAGAGAGUAACAGUAGCUAGGUAGCAACUAACAGUAACUAACCUUUCCCCCCAUAGAAACCGCUGGCACACAAAGAGGCUUCCAUUAGAAAUAACAGCUGCUUACAGAUGCAUCAGAGAGUAAGACGAUCAUUCAUCAUAUUCUUACUCUAACACUGCUUUUCUUUAUGUUAAUCCUUCUCCUUGUUUCUUCAUCAGGGCACUGUAUGAAAGAUUGGCCAUGUGUUUUGCGCAAUCAGGUUACAUAGCAAGAUUUUGUCCUGUAUUUUAAGCCUUAUCCAGAAAUGAAAAUUAGACCAAGACUGAAAGCAAUGGUCAGAGGAUGGUGCUGGACCAACUGACAUAAAACGAAAAGGGGACAGUUUGAUGAAAAAGCUUUAAAUAAAGGUUCAAAUUCAGGCAUGUCACAUGAUUGUGCAAAACACAGGGCCCCAAUGAUAGUUUCAUCAACACACAGGGCCCUAAUGAUAGUAUCAUCAAAACACAGGGCCCUAAUGAUAGUAUCAUCAAAACGCAGGGCACUAAUGAUAGUAUCAUCAAAACACAGGGCCCUAAUGAUAGUAUCAUCAAAACGCAGGGCCCUAAUGAUAGUAUAAUCAAAACACAGGGCCCUAAUGAUAGUAUCAUCAAAACACAGGGCCCUAAUUGUAGUAUCAUCAAAGGCACCAUAAUAGAGUCAGCAGAUUUAGUCCUAUGUCUGGUUCAGAAACUCUCCCAUUCAUGUCCUCAUGUCUUUCCCAUGUCCAUCUGUAUUUCAUUCAUAUGACCAUUUAUUUUCCCCAGUCAUCCUGAUUCCCAUCCAAUCUUGAAUUUUCCUUUAUUACAAUCUUUCUAACCGCAAUGAUCAUCUAUUUGAAUGGGAAAAGCUUGUUUUAGCAAAGUGAAAGUGCACUUGUUGGUUGCAAAGUGUAUAAACAUUAAAUGUGUAUAGACACUGCAGCAUGACCCUCUCUUCCCAAUGUGGAUGUCACUGCAUGACAUAAAUAAUAUGCCAUUUAGCAGACGCUUUUAUCCAAAGCGACUUACAGUCAUGCGUGCAUAAAUUAUUUUUUUGUGUAUGGGUGGUCCUGGGGAUCGAACCCACUACCUUGGCGUUACAAGCGCCGUGCUCUACCAGCUGAGCUACAGAGGACAUCUUACUCUGUGUUGAUCAUCUUUGUCUAAGACCACCACCUCUCAGCCUUUUCCCUGUGGCAAGAUGCCUUAUUUUUGGAGCAAUCAAAUAUGAAAAGGCCCUUUCACGGGGCUAGUUUAGAGAAUAGUUUGUUUAGAGAAUAGUUUGUUUCAAGUGGUUUUAUUAUCUCUGGUUAGAUAUUUUGUUCAAACAACUGUUUGUAUGUCUUAGCUCCUCAAAGGAUGAUUUUAAAGGUUAUUUUCAGGCCUGUCUUCUGUUCUCUGUUUAUCACCUCUUCUUCUUAUGAUCUCACCUAAUUCUGCUGUUGUUGAAAUGUUCCACAGGAGCCGAUCAGCGAUCAGAACUUUGAUGCUUAUGUGACCACUCUAACAGACAUGUACACUAACCAGGAGCAUUACCAGAGUCCAGAAAACAAAGCCCUGCUGGAAAACAUCAAACAAGCGGUGCAAGGAAUCCAAGUG